GUCGGACCCCGGACCCCGAUGUGAACAAUUUUGGGCCUCGGUUUGGUUGGCCGUUCUUCGUCUUGACCUUCUCGUCGUCGUUUGCACCACCAGCUCCUUUACAUACUUUUCCCUCCACCCAUUUUUCAUUUCGAAGCUAUGGCCGCUGCAGCUGUCGAAGAAAUCCGUGCGACGUCCUAUGUCGGUUUCGAUUCUAUUACGCAGCAGAUUGAGCACAAGCUCUUGAAGCGUGGUUUCCAGUUCAAUGUCAUCGUUGUUGGACAAACUGGUCUUGGGAAGUCGACGCUGAUCAACACCGUUUUUGCGUCGCACCUUAUUGACUCCAAGGGCCGGUUGGAAUCGAACGACCCUGUUAGGCAGACCACUGAGAUUCAAGCCGUCUCACAUGUUAUCGUCGAAAAUGGGGUCAAGUUGCGCCUCAACAUUGUUGACACGCCUGGGUAUGGCGACCAAGUGAACAACGAGAACUGCUGGGAUCCUAUCGUCAAGUACAUCAAGGACCAACAUAGCGCAUAUUUGCGCAAGGAGUUGACGGCCAUGCGUGACCGGUAUAUCCUGGAUACUCGUAUUCACUGCUGCUUGUACUUCAUCAGCCCAACGGGACACUCGCUCCGUGCCAUUGACGUUAUUGUGAUGAAGAAAUUGAGCGAGGUUGUGAAUGUCGUGCCUGUGAUUGCCAAGGCGGACAGCUUGACUUUGGAGGAGAGAGUUGCGUUCAAGCAGAAGAUUCGUGCGGAGCUGGUGUACCACAACAUCCGUUUAUACCCCUUCGAUACAGAUGAGAAUGAUGAGGAAGAAAUUCAGUUGAACGAAUCAAUCCGGAGCGUGAUUCCCUUCGCUGUCGUCGGCUCUGAGCGGAGUGUGAUUAUCGACGGCAAGUCAGUGCGGGGCCGCAAGAACCGGUGGGGCGUGGUUAAUGUUGAGGAUGAAAACCACUGCGAGUUCAUGCACCUGCGAAACUUCCUCACAAGGACACACCUGCAAGACCUAAUUGAGACGACUGCCCAGAUCCACUAUGAGGCGUUCCGUUCGAAGCAAUUGCUUGCACUCAAAGAGGGUGUACAGCAAAGACCGCCUACCAACCAAUAGAGCGCUACUCCCCUGGUUGCGAUGUGAGUGACGCUGUUUGAAAUGAAAGUGUAAGCUAAGGAAGCACAGGAAAAUCCAGACCAUGAUACCCUGUUGGUUCCGUACUGCUUUCGCGUUCGUUUGUUUUUCGAUGGAUUUUUUACACCUUUGUCACCACCACGUUCAUUUUGCGUCCCUAACUCUCAUAUCUUAAUAUAAACGAUUGGUCUUACUUGAUAGGUCAGCAUUAAGUAAUGAAGUGAAAGUUCCAAGCAAGUUCCAUAUGGGAUGUAAACAAGUACAUACUGAGACCGCGGUUCUGCCAUUAGCUGCUUUUGGAAUCUUAAAGUUAGCUACCUAUUGCGUUUGGCCAGCGCUGCGCUCGGAUGGGGAAGCUUGACGACUGAGAGAAAGUGAGAGAGGGGCCCUACUGACAAGGCACG